AAAUGGAAGAAGAAGAGGAGGAGGAGGAAGAGGAAGUGGAGGAGGAGGAGGAGGAGGUUGAAUAUGAAGAUGAUGAAGAGGAAGAUGAACACAUAGAAACCGAUGAUGAUAGUGAAGAUUAUUAUAGUGAUAAUUAAGUGAUAUGGCUGAUGUUAUUGCUCAAUCUCACGGGGGUGAUGGUGGAGGAUGCGAUCCUCCACGUGGACCGGCAGAUAUCCCAGCUGAUUGUGAACGAGCGCCUCCAAGUAAACGUGGACGCCAUAAGGGAUUGAACACGCGGGAAAAGAGGGAACAGUUGGGGCGUCCUCUCCCUCUCGAGUGGGAUGUGCGGGGGAGAACAUAUAAAGAGAUCGGAGAGUACAGCUCAAAUUUCUCAAGAGAGCUCGGAUUACUUGUUCGACAGUACACAGAUCCGGACUGUCCUCAAUGGUCAAAAGUACCAAAUGCCUCGAAAGAAAGAAUACUUGCACAUUUGGAAGAUGAUUUGUUUGAUAUUGGGCGUACUAGAUAUGGAGAAGGGCAUAUGCCUGGGAUCUUGAGAGGCAUUGAUACUUCGUGUGCUAAAAAGUAUUCUGACUGGAAGUACGAUAUUAAAGAGCACUUAACGAUUAAUGGGCCACAAAAUCGUUAUGGUGGUUGCACGGAUACGCAGUGGCAAAAAGCAAUUGAUUUUUUCCGUCGCCCAGAAAUUACGAAACGUUCUGUGGUCAACAAGGAAAAUAGAAAGAAAUUGAAAGAGCUUAGCUAUGGAGGUUCUCAGUCAAUCCCAGCCUUACGCUAUAAAAAGCGCAAUUUAGAGACUGGGCAACUUGAGUCCAUCCCGGAUAGCUGGAUGGAUACUCACCAUAAAUCAGGCACAGGGUGGGUGACAGAGACAGCAAAAAAUACUUGGGAGGAAUUGCGUGCAUACCGCGACACACAGCAGACACAGGCAACUGAUACUGAGAGUUCCACACCAGUUUCGAGUGCGCCUGAAGAUGAAGACAUAUCUUUGGUACAAAAUGUCUUCGGAAAACGACGGGGCCACCAGAAAGGAUAUGGACGUAUCCUUAACAUAAGGGACCGAACUCCAUUUGAUUUUCGUCCUUCACAAACUAGAGAUGAAGAGUUGUCUGAGAUGAGAGAGCGUCUUCGACAGUUAGAGGAGCAUGUCCGGACUCAUUGUAUCACCCCGGGAUCUCAAUCUGCCCCACCACCACCACCCGAUGAUCCUGAUGUUGGAGCACCGACUCAGUAGGACUUAUGUAUGAAUUUUAUUACAAUUGACUAUUACAUUAUCAUGUUUAAGACAAGUCUUUAUUUUAAUUCAACGAAUACACUCUUAUGUUUUUUUUUAUAUCUUUAAUAUAAGUGUUUUAAUUUUA